UCUUUGGAGCUUCGCUGUGGGGCGGAGUCUUGCCAGACCGCAGAGUAGCGGUUGUCGCUAAAGCGCGCGGUUUUACUUCUCUCAGCUUUGGACGGGGCAAACUAGCUUUUCGGAGCGAAGAGGGUACACGAUUAUUCAACAAUGUCUGGUGAGUCAGACCAGCCUCAGGCUGGUCCCUCACAUGCUGGACUAGAUUGGCCAAAUCUUGAGAGAGAUCGGGCUGGGGUCCCGGGAGGGGUGAUUCGAAGGGCUGGUGCCCAAGAGCCCAGGUCCUGGAUCCAAAAGGUUCUUGAGCAAAUAACGGACUCACCUCGCCAGUGGGUCACCCCCUCGGAGGUAGUGCCCGUCACUGUGCUGGCCGUCCAAAGGUACCUGUUAGAAGAUGAACCACGCGACACGGUGCCCAAGCCUCCCCUUUACUGCUAUGAUGUGACGAUCUCAGACGGGGUGUACCAGGAGAAGUGCUACUUGGCCCCCAGCUUGAAUUCUCUGGUACAUCAAAAUAUUCUUAAAGUUGGCAUAGAAAUGAAAAUUUCCAGAGUCUCGUGUCUUUACAAUGAGAGAAGGCUAGGCCAGGGGAUCCUAUGCAUAGAUAACGUCCACUGUGGGGAGACCUUGGAUACAAUCUCUUUAGAAACUCCCUUCAGGAAUAGAGCGCAUGAAGAAAAACCAGAGAGGCCUUUAAGGGGCGGGAAAAGUCAUUACCUGGCGCUUUGGAAUAACGAAGAUCCGUAUGGAGAUAUCUGGCUAACAGACAAGCAACCCGAGGAACACGAUUUUAACGAUACCAAAAUAAUUUCCCUUUCUCACCUUGCAAUGACCUGGGCUAACAGAAGAAAUUUUCCUGCAUUACUUGUGAGGAUCUUGCAUAAAUCAAAACUGCGAUACUAUGGGAAACCUAAUAAAAAGAUGAUUGAACCAUACCAGACCUUUUUGGAAGUUGCUGACAGUUCAGGCACCGUGUCAGUGAUUAUGUGGAACGCCCUGUGUCCUGAGUGGUAUAAAAGUUUGCGGGUUGGUUUAGUCCUUCUGCUUCAAGAUUAUUCUGUUAAAAAGAGUUAUCCAUUCAGAAUUCAGCCUCUUCCUGUGGAUUCACAGAUCAGACCAAUUUCUACAAUGGAAAUCUGCCUGAAUCUUCGAGAUCCUCCAACAAAUAUAAUUAUCAUUCCAGAAAAGCAGGUGAAACCAGAAUGGGGAUUGCCAAAAUUAAAUCACCGAUUUGCCACAAGAUCAGAACUGGAUGAUAUGCCAGAAAAUCAUAUCUGUGAUGUUAUUGGCAUCUUAGUUUUUGUAGGAAGGGUUCAGCGGUCAAAAAAGAAAGAAAGCCGUGAGGAUUUUUGGUCAUAUCGCUGGAUACACAUUGCUGAUGGGACUUCAGAGCAACCAUUUAUAGUGGAACUGUUUUCUACAUCCCAGCCAGAAAUCUUUGAAAAUAUUUACCCAAUGACAUAUUUUGUAUGUACACAGUUGAAAGUUGUCAGAAAUGACACUCAAGUACCUAAACUGCUUUAUCUCACCACUACAAAUGAGAGUCGAGUGUUUAUUACUGGUCACAGAGGCCAGCCGUAUACCUACGAUACCAAGGUAAAAAACUUUAUUCAGUGGAUUAAAACAAAGACCGAUUCUGGGGAAGUGAAGAAUACCGUUAUUGGUGGAUAUUACCCCUAUCCACCAGUGCCAGAGACAUUUUCCAAGUAUAGUAGUUCUGUUAAAGUUGAGUCGCUCUUGACAGCUAUAAGUGAAGUGAGGAAGGAGAUUGAAGACUUGCAGUAUAGGGAACAAAAGCGCAUUGCAAUUCAGGGGAUAAUUACUGUUAUAAAGUAUAUCCCCCAUAGUGGUGCAACUGAAAGUGCCUCAGCAUCAGAAACACUUCGGAAUGCUAACCGACCCUCAACAUCUCAAGCAGCUAGAGGAGAAAGUCAAAGUCAGGAAAGAAAUGUUAAACGGCAUCAAGACAAUGGGCCAAUGAGUUCUCAAUGUAUGCAAACUGCAUCUACAAGUUUGAGUCUGAGCAAUAAAGUAAGAAUUCUUCAAGGUCCAUGUUCUAAACCGGUUGCUGUACCUCAGCCAGGAGCUUCUGCACAAACAAAAGAAAAUAAAACCAGCACGCCAAGCAUCUUUCAACGUCGAGAAAGUACAAGCACUGGUUUGCCAGGGAAAGCCAGGAAAACUAUAAGUGAUAAAUGGGAGAGUCAGUUGUGGAGAGAGAAAAAGUUUGGCUUAAUAGAUCACCUGCAUUACAGCCAUGUUUAUCCUGAAAGCAUUCCACGAAAAUUUCUUUUUGAACACAGAAAGUUUCUUACUGAGCAGUACAAUUCUCAGCCAGCAAAAUACAUACCACCAGAAAGAAAUCCUCCAAAACUUAAUGAUUUUAAAAGUGCCCGAAGCCUUGGCCAUUUUGAAGUAACCAUCCUAGGUCUGAACCAUGAGAUAGCAAUUGAUGUUGCAUUCCUACCCAUGUAUUGUCCAGAAGAUCUCCGAACAUCUCAAAUAGAUACAUUGUUAACCUGUAUGAAUUACAGCUGUGUAUAUCCACAGGAAAUACCUGGCACAGACAGAUUGUCAGGUCCAAGAGGACUUGCAGGUGAUAUUAUAAAAGCAGCAACUGAGCUGGAUAGAGUACACAUCAUCGGUAUCUUGGAUAUCUGUAAUUUGGGUAACAAUAAAAAGGAAGUCUAUUUGCACAAAAUUUAUAGUCCUAAAAAUUAGCAAAUUAAAUUAUUACAACUUAUAAGGAGGUUACUGCUUUAAAGAUAUUCUAUCAUUUUGUUGGUUAUUUCAGUAAUUGAUUUCAGCAAGAAUAUUACAUAAACUCUAAAGUUACUAAGUGGUCUUAUGUUUGUCCUGUAUUUGUAAAUAAUACUUUAUUUGGAUUCAUUAUUUUAAAAAGGUCAUCAAAAUGAUUUUUGUGUACCAGGAAGUUUACUUGUAUGUGAUUAUUAUCUUGACUUGUAAUAAUUUGUGUUCACUGUUCCAUUUGUGAAGUGUACUUUUAUUCUAAAGCUUCAGUAAAAAGCUUCCUAACUUACUAGAGUAACUUUUCAUGGAGAUAUAACAUCCUUCCCAGUUUAUUCACAUAUAGUGGGAAAAUUUGAAUUGCCAAUUUGAAGAUUGUUAUCCUAAAGUGACCAACCUGCAUUUUUUACAACCAAGGUAGUUUCUAUCAUUUCAAAAACACAUAUAGAUCAUUAUGACCCAGUUUCCCUUUAGUAUUCAGUUUGGUCAGCUGCAAAAUUAACGUGUUGAAUUAAACCGUCUUAAGGUUUUCCACCCAAUUUUGUGACUUCAUAUGCUUUGAAGUUCUCAAUAUUUUGACCAGUGUGUCGAUAUUAAAGCCAGCAGCUGCAGUAUGUCUAUAUUCUUGCUGCAAUCAUUUGUUGUCUUAGUAUAUGGAAUGUGAGUUUAAAUAGUGAAAUUUCAUCUCAUGUUAACAUUUCCAGUGCUCAUCUUGAAAAUGAAAACCAGUAAUUAAGGGAAUUGAUUUUGUUUUGGUUGUCUAUAAUACUUCAUUUUAGAUGUAAAUGGCCAUUUCGCAUUUUCAAGGCCAUGUGGUCAACAUCUGUGUGGUUUGUUAGAUGAGUCAAAAUGACCGUCAAAUGAAUGCAAAGAUUAUUCUGCAUCAAGAGGAAUCUGAUUCUAGUCAAGUUAUUAACUUGUGGGGUUUUCUUGUAGCCCUAUUUUUCUGUGACUUCAUUUGCUAUAAAUUUAAAAUGCAUUGGGCAGCCUACGAACCUAAAGACACGCUGCAGUUUGUUCAACAAUGUGUUCGGUCUUUUAUUCUUUAUAAGAGUGUUUAAAUGUUAAUUAAAAUAGUGGAUUCUUUUCAUAUUAAGUUUUUGAGUGUAUUAUUAAAGAAGUCAAAAUGCAACAA